AUGCGAAACCUCCACCCUAUCCAAUUGACGCCUUUUAUCGCGCACCCUUGGCGAUACGUGCGGCCUGGCGUCCGAUCACCCGCGCGUUACCUCCGGCCACCCACGCACUCCCUUCCUUCCAAUCGUCUCCUCCGCCUGCUAGCGACUGCGUCCAUUCCUCGAAAACUCGAUCUUCCGGCUCUAGAUAAGAAAUGGCAAGCGAAAUGGCAGUCCGCGGGCGCGUCGUCGCGACCGGUGGCAGAGAUGAGCUCGGAGCCCAAGCCCAAGUCCUACGUCCUGUCAAUGUUCCCCUACCCGUCUGGUACGCUGCACAUGGGCCAUCUUCGAGUAUACACGAUAUCUGAUGUGAUAUCACGGUAUUACAAGAUGCGCGGCCAUGAUGUACUGCAUCCCAUGGGGUGGGAUGCGUUCGGAUUGCCGGCGGAAAAUGCGGCGAUCGAGCGAGGCGUGGAUCCGGCGGUAUGGACGGAGCAGAAUAUUGCGAAGAUGAAGGAGCAGUUGAGGCGUAUCUCUGCUUCGUUUGAUUGGGAUAGAGAACUGGCGACCUGCGCACCCGAAUUCUACGAGCACACACAGCGGAUUUUUUUGAUGCUAUACGAGAAAAGGUUGGCAUAUCAGGCCGAGGCUCUGGUCAACUACGACCCCGUUGACAAGACGGUGCUGGCAAACGAACAGGUGGACGCGAACGGCUUCUCAUGGCGAUCGGGCGCGAAGGUUGAAAAGCUGAACCUCAAGCAGUGGUUCUUCCGUAUCACUGAGUUCAAGGAAGCUCUGCUAAAGGAUCUCGACUCGCUCUCGGGGGCUGGCCCGAGCGUGUCUUAUGGCCAGGAAGUCAAUGUGAACGUUUUUACUACCCGCCCGGAUACUCUGUAUGGUGUUGAGUACCUCGCGCUGUCGCUGGACCAUCCCAUUGUUGUAAAGGCUGCUGAGAAGGAUGCAGCGCUUCGAAAAUUCUUGGACGAAGCCUCCUCGCUGCCAGCUGAUUCAAAGGCUGGUUAUCGCCUAAAUGAUGUGUUCGCAUCUCAUCCUUUGCGGAUGAUUGACAAUGAGAGCCCGCACAUACAAAGGAAGCUGCCCAUCUUCGUGGCACCGUAUGUCUUGAGUGACUAUGGCGCGGGGGCUGUGAUGGCUGUCCCUGGCCACGACAACAGAGACAUGGCCUUUUUCAAAGAAAAUGUCAACCCCGAGUACAUCCCUGUUGUCAUCGAACCAGAGUCUCCAGACAAUGCAACAAACGAUAGCAUCAUAUCAGCAAAGGACGCCAAAGCUUUCACUCAAGAUGGUUUCUUGACUUCGCGUUGCGGAAAAUACCAAGGUCUACACUCCAAAGAGGCUGCAAAGCAGAUCGUGGCAGACCUGGAAAAGGUUGGACAAGCUAAAUUCGUCGAGACUUGGCGACUGCGAGACUGGCUGAUCAGCCGGCAGAGAUACUGGGGAGCUCCUAUCCCGAUCAUCCACUGUGGUGAUUGUGGCUCCGUUCCAGUACCGGCGAAAGACCUGCCCGUCAAGCUUCCUAAGAUUGAAGGAGAGUGGCUGAAGGGCAAGAAAGGCAAUCCACUUGAAUCGUCCGAGGAAUGGCUUCACACUAAUUGUCCCAACUGCGGCGGUCCUGCAAAGCGCGACACAGAUACUAUGGAUACCUUUGUAGACUCGUCCUGGUACUAUUUGCGCUUCCUGGAUUCCGCGAACAAGGAUGCUCCAUUCUCACCUUCCAUUGUGCGGCCUGUGGAUGUGUAUAUUGGUGGCGUGGAGCAUGCUAUCUUGCAUCUGCUCUACGCUCGAUUCAUUUACAAGUUCCUUGCUCAGUCUGAGCUGUUCCCAGCAAUCUCGCACUCUGAUCAAGCCCCGGCCGAGCCUUUCAAGACUCUUCUCUCCCAAGGCAUGGUUCACGGGAAGACCUUUACGGAGCCUUCCACUGGUCGAUUCUUGCUCCCCACAGAGGUGGACCUGUCUAACCCUGACAAGCCAUUGAUCAAGGGCACCAAAAUCACACCCAAUGUGUCUUUUGAGAAAAUGUCAAAGAGCAAGUACAAUGGUGUUGACCCGACUGUUUGUGCGACUAAGUACGGCGCCGAUGCCACACGUGCUCACAUUCUCUUCUCUGCGCCCGUCAGUGAGGUCCUGGAGUGGGACGAAACCAAGAUUGUCGGUGUAGAGCGUUGGUUCGGUCGACUGUGGAAGCUCGUCCACGACGCUCAGCAAACCCUCACUGACGCAUCCUUCGCGAUCAAUGCGGCUGAUCUGGACACCUCGCACGGUCAUGUUGUCUCCCUUCGUCCUUCACUCCAGGACUUGAGUGACUCCGACGCAGACGCAGUCCUGGCAACGCAUAACAUCGUAUCAUCCGUGACAUCGUGCAUUGAGACAAACCCCUACGGUCUAAAUACCGUCAUCUCAGACCUAAUCAAACUGACUAACGCCCUAUCAUCGGCCCCACCUUCCUCCUCACUCGCCCUCUACCUAUCAAUCUCAUCUCUCCUCCGCCUCCUCUCACCCAUCGCACCAGCCCUUGCCUCCGAAUCCUGGGAGAUCCUCCACAAAGCCCUCGUGAAGAACAUCGACCCCCCAACUGAAAUCCCAUCAAUUCAUUCCGCCCCAUGGCCUACACCCCUCCUCACUCCAGACCAAGCAGAAGCCCUCUCCGCCCGCGGCGGCCAAACAGUCGCAGUCCAGAUUAACGGCAAACUGCGCUGCGCCGUGACUAUCCCGCGCAUGGACUCAUCGGCGACUUCUGCUUCCACGGGUAAAGCCCCGCCGCAGGAAGAGCAAGACUGGAUUAUUAGUCGGGUUCUGGAAACGGCCGAGGGCAAAUUGUGGCUGCAGGAGAAGAAUGACUGGGAGAAGAGGAGGAGGGUUAUUGUUGUUAAGGGAGGGAAGCUGGUGAAUGUUGUGUUUUAG